AUGACAGAGACAAUGGAAAAGGAGCUUCACCUAAGAAAUUUUCAUGAGAGUGAACCUUACACAGCAAUCCAAGGAGAUCAAUUGAAUGAGAAUAUAUAUGAGCUACCAACUAUCAACAAGAAGUUCCAACAAUCCUCUGUGUCCAAUGCAGCUCCUGAUGUAGCAAUGGGGCCUAAACAAAGGCAGUCAUCUUGGAGUAAACCACUACUGUUGAUAACAGUAUUACUCUGUCUCAUAUUGAUAUUAUUAAUAAUUAUACUGGGCAUUGUUACUGUAGUGUAUGCUACUGGUAAUAAUGUUGAGUGUACUAAUACUGCAACUGGUGCUGGCAGUAGUAGUAAUAUGAAUGAAUGGGCUGAUCGUAUAGCUCAAAAUGUCUAUGAUAAACUUAACAUUACUGACUGUAACCAGAAAAUGCCUAACUUCACUGAAUGGGCUAAUGGUGUUGUCUCUAAAGUUAACAGCAAUGUAACAGGGAGCCUUGCUGACUUCAAUGAAUGGGCUAAUGGUAUAUCACAAAAUACCCUUCAACUAUUUCAUGACAAUACCAACUUCACUGAACUUGAUAAACAAAUCUUACAAACUACAAGAGAUUCUGCACAAAAGCUCAUUAGCAUUGUCAAUACUCUCUCUAAUCUACAAGACACCAGUACCUCUACUGCUGGAGUGGCUGAUGAUAUACUACUAAUAGCACAAGAACUAUUAGUACUACACAAUGACUCAACUGCUUUACCUACCUCUUGUAAAGAGAUUAAGGAGAGACAACCACUCAGUCCAUCAGGUGUGUAUCUACUAGCACCUGCUGCAAUUGGAGGAUCUACUUAUACUGCUUACUGUAAUAUGGGAACAUUGUGUGGUUCAGGAGGAGGAUGGACAAGACUAGCAUAUCUGGAUAUGACUGAUGCUACACAAAGCUGCCCUUCUGGGUUUAAACUGUACCAGUCAGAAGGAGUUAGAGCUUGUGGUAGGACUAACAGUAGUGGUGGUUGUGUAUCAGCUCAGUUCCCAUCUAAUGGUAUCAGUUAUUCUCAGAUAUGUGGUAGAGUAACAGGAUAUCAAUAUUUUACAACAGAUGCAUUUCAUGGACCAAGUAACCUCAAUUCUUAUUAUGUUGAUGGUGUUAGUAUCACCCGUGGGUCUCCUCGUCAACAUGUCUGGACACUAGCAAAUGGUUUAAUGGACACUUAUAACAAUUAUCCACAUGCUAAUUGUCCAUGUUCAAUAGGAAGCUUACAAACUGUCCCAUCUUUUGUAGGAAACCAUUAUUUCUGUGAGUCUGGAAAUCAUGAUUCUGGUUAUUCUCAAAUACUCUACACAUCUGAUCCACUCUGGGAUGGUCAAGGUUGUGGUUCUCUUGAAUCACCUUGUUGUAAUGUUCCUGGUAUCCCAUGGUUUCACAGAGACUAUGGUAGCACUACCACUACUGACUAUAUUGAGUUGAGGGUCUGUGGAAAUGGUGGUGCUACUAAUAAUGAAGACAGUGGUACAAGUAUACCGUAUUUCCGCCUUAAAUAA